UGUUUUUUUGAGGAAGUUGAUUCCACAUCAAGCAGAAUCUCAACCUGAAAGGAAAAGUGAAAGGAAAACAGUGGUGUUUAGUUUUGUUCCAGCAACUCUUCUUCACCCUUGUGUGGCGUUCAUAUUUUUGUUACUCAGCCAGUGUUCAUGGGUCUGGUGGACCCGCUACAUUUUGGUGUUUUAAAUUCAACACAAUCAAACAACCUGCAUGUCUUUGGACUGUGGGGGAAACCGGAGCACCCGGAGGAAACCCACGCGGACACGGGGAGAACAUGCAAACUCUGCAUAGAAAGGCCCAGACAUGCAGAUUUGAAUCCUGAAAAUUGGUAUACACCAACUAAAUCCAAUCCGUCUCCACUACAUGAUCUUAAAGUUCAACUUACUUCUCUGACUGGAGCACCAGCAUCUCCUGGUCUCAACAUAACAUGGUCUAUAAACAUUGACAGUAGUAUUCACAGUAUUCAGGGCACAUUGAUAAGGGUGGACAAGCUGGAAUACAGAUGUCAAUAUCAACCUCAAUUUACUUCAAAACAGGUCCACACUGGUGAUUUAGAGCAGCUUGGAUUCCAUUUCAUAACCACAGAUUUCAUGAUUGAACCCAGCGGCUCUUACGAUGUCAUUGCCUAUAAUCUUCCCCCAGCACCGCUUAAAGUACAACAUGAAUAUAGAAAAAUGGCACAGAUACAAGUACCUGGAUGUGAUAAUGAAUGGAUGAAGGAUCAUUCAACAUGUUUAAACCCUCCUCCCACAAUCAAAGUGCACUGGGACAUUAAUAUAGAGCGGAUGAAGGAUGAAAUACAAGUGACCUUCGAUUCUUACUUGAGAUCAGAGAAAUACGAGAUCAGACUGCGAAGAAGAACACAUAUACUACGUUUUGCCGAGGUGAAAGCGAGAGGUGAAAUUGAGACGCUUACAGCAAAGCUGAAGUAUUCAGGGCCAUGUGAAAAUCUUUCAAUAUCGAUAACACCAUUUUAUGACCACUGUGGAAAUGCUUGCAACUCAGUUUACCGCAAGAUAGACUGUCAAUCUGUCACCCCAUCUCCAGCUACAACAACAGAAGAACCAAAAGAACAUGAAACUUCUGUCUUGCUGAUCAGCAUUGGGUGUGCAGUAGCCAUUAUUUUGUUGUUUAUCUGCCUAUUCUGGAGACUGUGGAGGAAGUCUGGCUAUUCCAAGCAUGGACUAGACACUGCAGGAUCAGUGGGAGUGCUGGUGGUGUAUCCUGCAGUGGACAGCAUGUUCCAGAAUGUUGUGAUGGCCAUAGCAGACUUUUUGCAAAGUUACAGAGAGCUGAAUGUAAUCAUUGACGUGUGGCAGAGAGGCAGUUUGGCGGAACAGGGCCCACUCCGCUGGCUUCACUCACAAGUGAGUUGUGCUGAGAAGGUUCUCAUCAUCUUGCCACCUCAACACACUGAGUUCAGCACCAACACAGCCUGCUUAAAACCCAACAUUGCAUCGGUCACAAGUGAUUACACAGUCCCAGCAUCUGCCUGCGAACUUUUCUCAUUGGCGUUAAACUUGGUUGCCAGCUGUGCCCAUGAUUCCCAGCAGCACCAGAAGUUCUUGGUGGUGCACCUGGACCAUGGUGGACAAGGAAGGAUAAUGCCAGUGGAGCUUAGAGGCUGCAAGACCCUUAUUCUUCCCAGAGAUCUGGAGAAACUCCAUCAACUGUCCUCCAGGCGAAAAGUAACAAUCUCAGGCUGCAGGUCUAAGUCAUACCCCUGUAAAGAAACUGCCAGGAAGGUCAGAGAUGCUGUACAGCAGUUGGACAAAUGAUGAACUGAUUGAAGAAAUGAUUCGUUUUACCAAGGCAGAAUGCAAGCCUCAAAGUCGUGCUUUACCUCUUUGGUGUUCAGCUCUUAGGCUGUGAUAAAAGGUUAAGAUCAGGCUUUUUCAUGAGGAUAUACAUUUAAGAAAAUUGUUGAAAAUAUAUUCCACAAUCUGAAAUCCUAGAAAAGAAUAACUGUGUAUGACUAAACAGAGGAAAGAAGAAGAAAGGAAGAGGGAAAAAAGGAAAAAAAGUAACAGAUCCCCAUAUUGACUUGUAAUAUGACUGCUUGAAUAACAGCAGAUAAUAUAUAUUUUUUUUAUUUUAUACUUGGAGAGCAGAAUUCUGUAUUAUGAUUCUGAUCAUCUGUAGUUUUAUUUACUUCUACUGUGUUAUACUGUUUUGUUUUUUAAAUAUAUACUUUAUUUCAACUGAUUUUAGUUGUACCACCUUUUCUCAGCUUGGGCCAGCAGCUGACAGAACUUAGUAUCUAUAGAUCAGAUUUGUGUAACAUAAGCUACAGUGCCCUCCACAAUUAUUGGCACCCUUGUAAAGAUUAGUUGAGGGAAAGGGGGGGGGGGGGUGUCCCACGUUUUGCUGAAGUAGCUUCAUCUCUCACUGAGGAGAAAAAAAAGGUCCAACCUUUAAUUGGAAUAAACUUAUUCAGAGAAAAACAAAUCCCUCAUUAAGGAAUAAUUAUUUUUCAACAAAAAUGUGCCAUUAUUAUUGGCACCCCUGCAUUUAAUACUCUAUACAACCUCCCUUUGACAGUAAAACAGCACUGAGUCUUCUCCUAUAACAUUUUAUAAGGUUGGAGAUACAGAACAGGACAUCGGAGAUUAUUCCUCUUUACAUAAUCUCUCCAAAUCAUCCAGGGUCUGAGGCCCUCUCUUGAGCUCACCCCACAGGUUUUCAAUGGGGUUCAGGUCAGGGGACAGAGAUGGCCAUGGCAGAAGCUUGAUUCUGUGCUCAGCUAACCAUUUUAGUGUUGAUUUAGACAUAUGCUUCAGAUCAUUUUCCUGCUGGAAGAUCCGAUGAAGACUCGGUUUUAGUUUCCUGGCAGAGGCAGCCAGAUUUUGAUUUAAAAUGUCCUGGUAUUUCAUGGAGUCUAUGAAAAUAUGUACCCUAACAAGGUUUCCAUUCCAGGGUCUUUGGAGAAAAAACAGCUACAAAAUAUCACAGAAUUUCCACUAUGUUUUACAAUUAGGAUUGGGUUCAUUUCAUUAUAGCCAUCUUUCUUUUUAUGCCAAACCCACCUUGAGUGUUUCCUGCCAAAAAGCUCUAUUUUUGUUUCAUCAGACCACAGAACACUGUUCCAGUCAAAGUUGCAGCAUUUCACUGACUUCAGGUGCUUAAGUUUGUGGUUAACUGACAGAAAAGGCUCUCCCCCCCCCCCCCCCCCCCGGCAUACCUUCCAAAUAAUCUGUUGG